AUGAGCGUUUCGCCCCAGUGUGGCUACAGUGUGGUAGCUCAUCUAGAGGCUGUGAUCAUUUCUGCUCACUAUGAACCCUGUGUGGAAACUAAGGUAUGGCCAUCUGAAUUGUCAGUCUUGUGUAAAUAUUGUCAUUGCUGGUUUUGAAGACAUGGACGGGAAUCAAGGAAUUUGACUCAAACGUUUAUCUCUUUUAUUGCAGGAUGGGAUGUUCACCCUUGAACUUGCCAGAGAGGGGGAGAUUACAGUAUCCUGUCCUGGUUCUGUUGAACAGCCUUUCCCUCGCCCCAGUUACCCCCAAAACCCUGUGACUCUUCCUCCUGUCAUUGCGCGUCAACAAAGUCCCAUGUUUCCUCCUCGGCCUACUCCACCCCCUAAACCCCAGGCUCCACUGCAGCCUUACUACACAAAGCCUGCUGAGAAGCCAAAACCUGCUACUCCGCCUCCUUGGAACCCUCAGUAUCACUUUCCCUUCUACCCUCAGCCAGCCGAGCCUGUAACUAGGUCUCCUCCUAAAGACCCCCAGCCUCAUUGGUAUUCAGAGUCCUUCUACCCUCAGCCAGCCAAGCCUGUAACUAGGUCUCCUCCUAAAGACCCCCAGCCUCAUUGGUAUUCAGAGUCCUACCCUCAGCCAGCCAAGCCUGUAACUAGCUCUCCUAAAGACCCCCAGCCUCCUUGGUAUUCAGAGUCCUUCUACCCUCAGCCAGCCGAGCCUGUAACUAGGUCUCCUCCUAAAGACCCCCAGCCUCCUUGGUAUUCAGAGUCCUUCUACCCUCAGCCAGCCAAGCCUGUAACUAGGUCUCCUCCUAAAGACCCCCAGCCUCCUUGGUAUUCAGAGUCCUUCUACCCUCAGCCAGCCAAGCCUGUAACUAGGUCUCCUCCUAAAGACCCCCAGCCUCCUUGGUAUUCAGAGUCCUUCUACCCUCAGCCAGCCGAGCCUGUAACUAGGUCUCCUCCUAAAGACCCCCAGCCUCCUUGGUAUUCAGAUUCCUUCGACCCUCAGCCAGCUGAGCCAGUUACUCAUCCGCCUGCCACACUUCCCCCUGCAACAGAAGCUCCAAAUGGCAAGGUGUACUAUCCUUACUACCAAUAUCCUUAUGACCCUCAGCCAGCCAAGCCUGCUACUCAUCCUCCUGUGAGUCAAAAGCCUACCCAUGUCAUGCUUCCCCCUGCUACUGAAAAGCCAACAGCUCCACUGCAUCCUUACUACCCAAAACCUGCUACUCUGCCUCCUGGGAACCCUCCGUAUUACUUUUCAUUCUACCCUCUGCCUGCCAAGCCGGCAACUCCUCCCCCUCAAGUGCAUACUCCUGCUACCAAAGUUCCUCAGGGCCAUGUGCAGCAUCCUUACUACCCACAUCCCCUCUAUCCACCACAUCCCAAGCCUGUAACUGGCUCUCCACCUAAAGACCCUGAAAUUGUUUGGGAUUCAGAUUCCUUUCACCCUCAACCAGCCAAGCCUGCUACUCGUCCUCCUCUGACUCUAAAGCCUGCUACUGAAAAGCCAAAAGCUCCACUGCAUCCUUACGACCCACAUCCUUACUACCAACAUUUCUACCCUCGGCCAGCUAAGCCCAUAACAAUCCCUCUUAGGCCUGCAACACAAAAACCAGAACAAACCCCAUUUGUAGUCCAUACCUGGACACCUGCUUCGCCACAAUCUAGUCAUCCUAGAACUACAAAAGCACCUGAAACUGUGGCUCCUUCUACUCGGCCAGGUGACCCUUAUCCACCCCAUCCUGGGUAUUGUCCUACAAUCUGCCCUACUGGUUUCUUUAACUGCUGCCCAAUGCCCGUCUCUUUCCAUCAGCACCACCACAACCAUUUUGGCCCUGUAGCAUCCAAGGAUGGUGUUAUCAUUCCCGAUUACCCUUUCAAAUAUACAUCUGACCUGUUCAACUACGCGUCAGUUUCUGGACCUACCCAAGCCACUACAACCCCAGAACCUGUAAAGGUUCAGACUGUUGCCCCCAGUAAAACUUCCUUGACUGGUUUCCAUGACUACUGGAGUCGGCAUGGAAUGAGGUUUUCAACCGCCUUGGCUUCGUAUGGCCAAGCACCUAGUGAUACCAACAAGCCCUCAGAACCCCAACGUCCAAACCAGUCUCAUUUUCAGCCCUACAACCCACAGCCAAUGCACCCAUAUUUUCAAGCACCUUCCAGUGACUCCAACAAGCCGACUGAACAGCAACGACCAAUGCAGCCAUAUCUGCCCUAUAACCCACAAAGGCUUAUGCAUGCAUAUCCUCUGCCUUACAACCCACAAGGUCCAGUACAGCCACAUGGCCAAGCACCUGUUUAUUCUAACAAGCCCUUGGAACUUCAGCGACCUGCCAGUGAUCCAAGUAAACCAUCUGAACCUCAAGUGCUUUCUAGUGGCCCCAACAAGCCCUUAAAACCCCAACCUUCAACGCGGCGGCAUUAUCCUUUCAGACCGCCUCCAAUGUGGCAUGACCCAGACGUGUUCUACGCAUCCAAGCCACUGAUGCAACCAGACCACCACCAAAUCCAACUUUCUGAAUCUGCAAUGCACAUGCAUGGCAAACUUGAACAAUUGACAAGUCCUCAAGAGCAGCCACAUAGACCAGUCAAGGAAUGGGGUGGCUCCCUUCCCAGUAAUUCAGAGGGUAUCUCUAGCCUUCAGCAACCAAACCCCUCAAGCCAACAAAUGCCUACCCAUUACGGCUCAUUGCCAAUAUAUUAUGCUGGUUCCAAACCAUCCUACCCCCAGAAACCUGAAGCCAAGCCUUCUGGUAAACCCUCCAGACCUGAAUUCCCAGAGUCAUUCGAACACUAUUGGAAGCCCAUUGUGCCACUAGGUUCUAACCAGGGGUUCCAUGUCUCUUACCCGGACCAAUCUGCUGGAGGUUCUUACCCGGCCCAAUCCGCUGGAGGUGAAGACAAUGCUGCUAACUAA